UCUUGAGUAUGCACAAGAAUUCAUCCCUGUUGCAUCUUCUACCGACCGAUACACCUCGUAAUGCAACUCCUGCAGCAAGAUAACCUCCUUUUGCGUGAUAAUUGCCGAAGAAACGGUUUCUUUUGGUAGCAUCUUUUUACCGGUCGUCAGUUUAUUCGCGGCAGCCCAGAUGGAUGAAACCAUAUUCAGUUCGGGUAGUAUGUACUCCAGUGGAGAAGAGGAGAUCCUGGCCAACGAAGGCCUUCGUCUAAGCCGUUCGGCUCGAUGGCGCGAACGCAGUUCCCGUCUGGUGAACUUCGAACCAGCGGUGUUUUUGUUUUGCUUUGCGUUGAGCUUAUCAGAGAUUGAACUGACCCAUCAAAUAAUCUACCAAACAUGCUGCGGGCAAGGAUUCCAGCGUAGUGAGUGUUUACUGGUGGGAACGGAUGCUAACCUACCAGUUGUUCAGGAAAUUGAAGCCCAGGUGAAACCCGCUGCGGCAAGUGUGAAUACGGUGAUAAUAGCUAUCAAGUCGGUGAUACCGGCCUUCGGCGCGUUAGUUAUGGGCGCGUGGUCUGAUCGUUUCGGCAGAAAGCCCGUUGUUGUGAUAGCUGGAUGCGCUUUGCUCAUUACAUAUGUUGCAUUGACAGGGUUGAACUUUCUGUCGUCUUUUGUCCAAGUCAACCCGUGGUUCUAUGCUGCAGCUUACAUUCCGUUUUCGAUUACCGGUGGAACAGCAAUACUGGGAGCCACUGUUUACGCAUUUUUAUCGGAUGUAUCCAAUGACCAGAACCGAACAAUCAAAAUGUGUUUCUUGAAUGCCGUUAUAGUGGCUGGUACUACUCUGGGCUCGUACAGCUGUAAAUACAUCUUGGAAUGGACCAGUGCAACAGCUGUUUUCGUAAUUGCUACUAUCUGCAUACUGUUUGGACUUAUCUACAUAGUGCUGUUCAUCGAAGACAGUAUCAUUCCUGGUGCUGACAAUGAACUUGGAAGCAGUCUGCAAGCGCUGUUCACUUUGAACUUGAUAAGAGAUGUUACGCAGGCAGUCGUUCGUAAGAGAUCGAGAUUUGUGUGGCAGAUCCUGUGGCUAAUCGUUGGUUUUACCGCUGUUGUGGAACUAGCUUCUGGCAGCAAUGCUGUAGCCUACGCAUUUGUACAUCACCAUUUAGAGUGGGGCAGAACACAGUUUAGCAAUUUCCAGUUAACUGAGAGCGGUUUGAAAAUUGCGACAAACACUAUUGGAAUACUGUUUUUGAAAAGGAUAUUCAGUUGGUCUGAUACUCUUGUAGCACUAAUUUCCAUCACUAGCCACAUCAUAUGUUCGACCAUAAAAGGAUUCGCAACGGUUGGAUGGCAAUUCUAUAUGGCAACAAGUCUUACCUUCUUCAAAGGAAUGGAAACAGUUGCUGUGCUGUCUGUUUGUGCCUACUUGCUACCGUCGAAUGAAAUUGCCAAAUUUUAUGCGCUCACAAUGUCCCUCGUUGGAUUAGUUCCUCUUGGCUCAGAAUAUCUUUUUGAUUACUUCUAUCAAGAAACUGUUAGCACCAACCCGGGAUUGUUCUACCUGCUUGGAGCGGGCAUCUACGGUGGAGGACUUGCCAUUCUAGUGUGUGCUCAAUGGCUAAUAAAUAAGCGGAAUCAACCAGAACUGCUAUUGUAAAUAUUCUUUUAUGUGUAGUAGUCAUUCGAAAAUAUAAUAAAAACAAAGCAUCCAAAAUCAAACUAUUUUGAAAU